CAACUGAAGAUCUUAUAUUAUUUCGAUUUGAUCUUCCAUUACAAUACCAAUACCUGCAAUACCAACAAAGAGAAGAAUAAUAUCGAUUAUGGCCAGGCUCUAUGAUCUGCUAGGAUUAUUAGCUCCAGUCGUAGUACGCUACAAAAUCUUGAUCCAAGACUUGUGGAUCGAGCGCUUGGACUGGGCGACCCGUUGCCAGAGAUCUUACGGACUAGAUGGCCACAACUUGAAGGUUAUUUAUCUAAUCUUGACAUGGUUCGCGUAAAUCGAUUUGUUUACACAUCAUCAAAAAAUAAGUGUGAAAUCCAUGAAUUUUCGGAUGCCUCAAGUCGAGCGUAUGGAUGUUGCAUAUACGCAAGGGUCUUGGACAACGGAAAAUAUGUAACUUCAUUGAUCAUUUCGAGAUCGAGCAUACCUCGUUUAGAGCUUUGUGCUUCCGUUUUACUCUGCCAAACAUGGACUAAAAUCAAACACAAAUUAAAUUGUCUUGUCAGCAAAACGUAUUUUUGGACAGAUUCAACUGUCGUUCUUCAUUGGAUUAAAAUGCACCCAUCAACACUAAAGUGCUUUAUUGCCAAUCGCGUAUCAACCAUACAAACUCAAUCGCAGGAUAUCAUUUGGAGUCACGUGCCUGGAAAGGAUAAUCCAGCCGACAUUGUUUCACGUGGCUGUGCAGCGCGCGACUUGAUGCAGACAAUUUGGUUUCAUGGACCAAGGUUCUUAGCACUUGAUGCAUUACAUUGGCCGAAAUCUGAAAGAAAGACAGAUUUCGAGCCCAAAGAACUAGAAUUGCGAAACACCCUUGUAUUGAAAUGUAGCACUAGUUACAAAGAAAAGAGCAUAGUUGAGCAGAUCAUUAGUAGACUAUCAUCGUUUCGUAUGAUUGUGAGAGUCUUAGCAUACGUUUUACGAGUUUUCAACCGAGUUCCUGUUAACCGCAAUAAUACGAUAAAUGCUACAAGAAGCAUUUCAGUAGAAGAAUUUAAAUUGGCUUUUGAUCAUAUAAUCUCUUACAUUCAGAGUGAUGUGUUUGCGAAAGAACUAAAGGACUUACAUGCAGGACGAAGUCUGAAGACGGAGCUUGAAAAAUUAAAUCCAUUCAUCUCAAAUGAACAGAUAGGUUCUCAAAAUAUUCGACUUAUCCAUGUUGGAGGCCGUCUUGCAAUGGCUGACAUACUAUUGGACGCUAAAAUGCCGUUAUUGCUUCCGAAGACUCAUAAUUUCACUUAUAAAUAUAUUGAAGAUCCUCACUUGCGAAACCUUCACGCGAGAGCUAAGGUUCUGAUAGCGAUUCUGCGCCUAACAGUAUGGAUUGUAAAUGCUCGCGAAUUGGUCCGAAAGGUUGUUAGAGGUUGCACACAUUGCUAUCUUUACAAACCUGUAUUAAUGCUAUAAAUCAUGGGUAACCUCCCAGCUGACCAUCUCCUGGCCAAAUGCCCGUUUCUGAUAUGCGGAGUGGAUCUAUGUAUACCAUUCCUUACGUCGUACCGCAUUCGAAGCAAAGUUCCUUACAAAACAUAUUUGGCCAUAUUUGUUUGCUUUUCUUCAAAAACUAUUCAUACAGAACUAAUCUCAGACCUAUCUGCUAAUAAUUUUAUUCUCUGUUUCAAGCGAUUCAUCGGACAGCGUGGCAUACCCAAAAGGAUUUAUUGUGACAAUGCCACCAACUUUGUCGGAGCAUGUUCGCAACUUGAAGGCUUCAAACGGCAAUUCUGUUCAGAACUCAAUGCAAAAAAUCUGGAGGAAUUUAGCCGAAAUGCCGGCUUUGAUUUCAACUUUAUUCCACCGCGUGCUUCCCAUUUUGGAGGCUUAUGGGAAGCCGCAGUAAAUUCAAUGAAGACUCUGCUCAUCAAAAAUUUGACCUCCUUUCAUUUGACGUACGAAGAGCUUCAAUCUAUUGCAAUUGAAGUGGAGGCGAUUUUAAAUUCCCGUCCAAUAUCCAUUCACAGCGAUGAUCCCAAUGACGGGAGGCACACUUAUUGAUCGGAUGUUCACUGCAAGCGAUCUCUGAACCGGUAGUAAAUGACUCAAAACUUUCUUAUCUAUCUCGUUGGCAAAGGGUGACCUAUCUCAAGCAACGCUUCUGGGAACUCUCAAAGGAUCAAUAAGUUCUCAUACAUGAAGACAAUCUUCCACCGCAAUGCUGGAUUACUGGUCGUGUGGUCGAAGCCAUACUUGAUGCAGAUGGAAGGGUCAGAGUAGCCGAUGUUCGCACCAAGAAAGGAAUUAUUCGUCGCCCAAUCUGCAAACUUGCUCCAUUGCCUUUAAGAGAUGACGUUUCUGUAAAUUGAAGGAGUCAUACUUCAUCCUUCAAUGGGGGAGUAUGUUGGAGGAGCCUCAUCGUUAACUUAGAUUUGUAUAUAUU